UAUUAAAAUAAAGAAAUAAACGCGAAAUGGGUGAUUUCUUAGCAGCGAAUAAUGUUUGUGGACAAAAUUUAUUGCGGCUUGUAUCCCGUGGAAAUGCUAUUGUAGCCGAAUUGAUGAGAUUAAAGGACUAUGUGCCACCUGUCUUUAGCCUAAAUUCGAAAAAGAUUGUCCAAAAGUAUGGAUCAAUUAUAAUUGAUUUUGCUUAUUUUAAAUCAGCUAAUACUUAUGAGCAAAAAAUAGAAAAUGAUCCU